GCAAUCGCAAAACAUCAAUCUUUAUGCAGGUUCAUAAUCAAACAAUUGGAUCCAGAACUCUCAAAAUCUCUCUCUUCGAUGUCAUUACACAGCUAACCCUGGCGAAGGGAGAAAUCUAAUCAGGGUUUUUGUAAACUUCUGAAAAAUGGACAUAAUCGGCGACGCACUUCGGCAAGCAUUCAUGCCCAAACACGAGUACGAAAGCUUACGCGAAGAAGAUAGGGCAUGUCUUCGUCUACGGCGUCCUUUGUUGAUCACAUGCGUUGCGCUGAUUCUACUAGCCAUCGUCGUCUCCACUUCGAUUAGCUUAUCCAUAGUGUAUCCUCGCGACGGCUUGAAACGGCCUUUCUGCUCUGAUUUGCGCUUACUGCCGUUGUCGAUCAAUGCAACUGUUGCUUCCGCAGUUGGCGAUUCAGAUCUAUUGCCUCGUGCUUUUUAUCUUACAGAUCAGGAAACGGUUGAUUAUUUCUGGAUGGUGUUAUUCGUACCUUCGACUAUGCUUUUCCUCAUCUCGCUCGUUUAUCUCUUGCCAGGAAUUGCUGUUUCUUAUUCUGCACCUGCAAGACACUGGUCUUUAAAUGUUGUUGAGAAUAAUUAUUGUGCCUCAAGACGGGGAGGAGUGCGGUGUUUAUGCAUCCUAAACACCAUGUUUGCCGUAAUAUUUGGUAUGCUAGCUGUAUUUCUCGGGUCAACUCUUCUAACCCUAGGGAGUAGCUGUUCGUUACCAUUGUUUUGGUGCUACGAGAUAACUUCGUGGGGUUUGGUCAUUUUAUUAAGUGGAACCGCUUAUUUCUUGAAAAGAAAAGCUGUAGUACUCGACGAAGGAAGUUUUAGAGGGCGUAAUCUAGGUUUAGAAAUGCUUGAAGCAAAUCCAGUUGAAAUCACACCGGAGGUUGAGGGUCGUGUUAACGAAGGUUUUAAAGCUUGGAUGGGAUCGUCUUUUCUAUCUUCUGAUGAAGAAGAUGACGACGAUGACUUGGAUGGAUAUCGAGAAGCUCCUGGAAUUUCACACAAACUCUAAUAGGCAAAAAGGACUAUGAAUUUUGAAGAUGAUUAUGCAAAUCGAAAAAAAUCCUUUUUUCUAGGUUAGUAGAUCGAAAACCACUUGAAAUGUGUAUACAUAUAUGAGUUGCUGCAGCAGUAGUAAACAGACCUAUGUAGUUGUUAUUUGUAUAAAGAAAAAUUUGUUCUUGAACCGGAAAACAUGGCUGCCAACAAUGACACUAUCUAUAUUCAUUCAAAUCGAUUCUUUAUUUCAUUU